AUGGGAUCUUGCUGUUCCACCUUCAGUGGCUCACACGAUCUGCGGUAUGCCAAACCCACACGCACCCCACCAGACGCNUGUGCGCCCAAGUGCGGCGUGCGGCGGCUGGACACGCAGUUCAUCAGCACAAACCGCCCGGUGGUGGAGUUUGCCGCGCAGGAUCCAUUUUACUUCGGGCCUCCACUCAGCGCCCGCUGGGGGGCGGAGAUGAUGCGGGCGAUGGAUGAUGUCUGGGCAAAUAUAGAGAAGAGUACAUUUCCAUUUUUGAUUGUGCAUGGAAUGGAGGAUAAAUUGUGUUCCAUUGAGGGAUCACGGCGGUUUGUGGAGGCCGCGGUGUCGAGCGAUAAACAAUUGAUCGAAUACCCCGGUUUAUAUCAUGAGGUGCUGACAGAAGUGAAAUGGAAGGAUGUGUUAAGGGAUGUGAUGGGGUUUAUGAAUAAAUAUUGUCCAUCCUAA